AAUAAUGUUGCCUAGUCUACUACGUCAUUCCAUUUCCUACUACUGAACCCAACUUGAACGCAUCCUGCACAACCUGCAGCUUGAGUUGGAGGAGUUCUGCAACUAAUAGCUGACUAAGGCAAAUUAGCCUACAUUGUUACCUAGGUACCCACUGGAGGGAGGACUGGGGCCUGCUGUGAUCUGAGAGGAAACACAAACAACAAACACUGAGGCAUGGCUCUUUUUCUGGCGACAACAACAGAGCAAACGAGAUCAGUUGGAGCAUUCAUAGAGGAUCAUAUCCGAGACUCGCUACAUACUCUGAAUUCUGUGACUGUCUCUUUGCAGUGACACCCUGAGCAGUGGGCUUUUGGCCUUGUCCCUCAUGCAGAACAUGUCCAACGGCUGUAGGAAACGCGUUUGCGCUAUCAUAACAAUCCUGUAGUGAUGAUGUUACCAAGCACUUUUUCACCGCUUCGCUAAAGGGUAGCUAUGCAUGCCCAUUGAAAAGCGAGGACGUUGGCGAGGCACGGUCCUUCCGACCCUAUUCAGACGCGCCAGAUCUCUGCUCAAGACUGAGAUUUCCUCGAGAAUGUCAACCACCUCUCUGGCUUUCUCACGCUUCGAUUCUGUGGGUGGCAUGGUAUAGGAGCUUGCACCGCAGGGCCACUUUCUGGGUUGGUGAGAUGACAAGGUGGUCGCUUAACUUUACUCAUAAAGGCCACUGCAUAAUUCUUCGUCGCACAACGGACAAACCACCAUCUCACGAAGCGGUAGUAAAGUGGAAAGAGCAAAUGAACGCGUCGGUGAAUGUUGGGUUCGGAAAAUGUACCUCAGGUUGACGAACCCAGAGCAGUUCCGCUGCCAAGCCCGACGCGACUCGAUGUCGCUCGCGGACUUCAAGUUCAACAGUGAAACUUUGACGGUAAAUCCGGGUUCGAAUCAAGGCGACCACCACAUUACAUACGUACAGGUAUCUUAUGGGAACCAAGCAUGUCAAGAACACAGACAACUCCCUCUCCGUCCGCUCCAAUUUAUUUGGCCUGAAGGUGCUACGCUCAUGCAAUCAGCGGCUAGUUAUCUUGAUUGAAAGACACGAGUGCAGCAAAUGGUCGUUGCAGCAGCUGCGGGUUCUGCUCGUCCCCUGGUCUUUCAAGACCUUCGCAAAUUUCCUCGCUCAUCUGUUCCAAAUAUCCUGUCGGAUCUGAGAAGUAUAGAGAAGAAACAUUUUGCACCAAGCGAGGUAUUUCCAUUCGACGACGCCAUUUGCGCGAAACAGAAUACGUCCGUGAUUGUCGGGGUUCUAUCUGAGAAAUCGCGACUAGAAGUUGUGGCCUACGCCGUCUGCGUGAGAUGGAAUCACCGCCUACUUCUCCACAAGAUAUGUGUCUCUCCAGCUUACCGACGCCAGGGGAUGGGCAGUCAAUUGAUGCAAAUAAUUAUCGACCGUGCCCGUUGUUGGUCGUGCCGCGGAAUCGACCUAUGGGUGCAUGAGACGAACUUCAGAGCACGAGCCUUGUAUACCAAGCAUGAGUUCGCGGUUCAGGAGACUGUGCUGGACUACUAUGCACCAGGCAAACAUGGCAUCAAAAUGUCCCGUAUUCUCCAGCCCUGACAAUCCACAUGGAUGGUGCCGGAGCGGCACAUUCUCUCUUGUGACUACCCCUUGCAGCGUUCUUGACUUUCCAGCCUACCCCUCCCUUCCCAGAGAAGAUCAUAAGGGUGGUAUGAAGCUGCGUCCUGUUAUCCUUGACAGGUAACUAUUGGUCUGCAUUCUGGCUGUUCAAGGCACAAGUUCCUUUUUCUCGUCUGUUGAGCCGUCGGUGCACUUGGGCAAAAUUGCAGACUGGCUAGGGAUUGAGCCAUCAACUUGAAUACCAGUGGAAGUUCCGCCGUUGGACCUCCUCCCAAGCAACCUGAAUAUCACAGUGGCGCUCGACAUGCGCCAUUGAAAUUAAGAGCAUUUUUCCUUUACAUCUUCGUACAGAGUUCUCCAACGGUAUCCAGGUGACUUACGGGCUCAGGUUCUGAUCCCAGCCAGACAAGCCAGGGUCCUGACCCGUUCAAAAGCGCGAAGAACAUGAGCACAGCCAGCCGGCAUGUUUUAGCCAUGUUAUUGGCCAUCGUUUUCUCUAUUCUGGGUGUAAUAUGCGCAAUAUGCCUGGUAGUGUGCCUGAGGAGGGUGAGGUCUCGCUCAAGGGACGCCCGUGCGACCCCAGAUGACCUAAGCACAGUCAAAUCCAGUGUACGGAGUCCAGAGCAAGAGAGCGGGCAGACGAAUACGCCGUCCAGUACCAGCGGGUACGCUGGCUCUGAUAUUCCCGUGCCGCCCACAGGCCCGCCAAAGAUUGAUCUGCCCUGGUCAGAUUGCUCCUUACGAGAUUCAAAGUUGAGGUUUUCGGAAGUUGGGCAGACGACUGAGGCUGGCUAUGCAGCACCAGGUGAUGGUGAGACCUCCUUACAGAAAGAUUCGCAACAAUUCAAAGAUGCCCACAGCCUCCUAGCUCAAAGCAGUCGCAGCCUAGAUACGGACAGGGCAGAGUCGGCUCAGAACCUUCCGAAGGCAUCAACCUCCUUGGGGUCUGCAGCCGUUCUGAACCAAGUUGUGCACAACAGAGCCUCGCUGCUGCCCGGCAUGCAGAGUGUCCCGCACCCAGUAGCAGGUCUACCAACGCGAAAGAGCGGCGCAGGGCAUGGCGCCGGAAUUUCCGUACGCUCAGAAGCUGAUAUGAAGGGUAGUUCAUGGAGAGGUUCCUGGCUUUCAAAUUCGGCUAGCGAACAUCGGCGGUACACUGUCGGUUUGGACUCAUUGCCCCCACCGCGAAGGGAAAGGUCAAGGCAGGGAAUAACGGCGUCGGUGGCCACGACAUAUAUGCAGACUGAUCCUGGCGUCCAUGAUUUUUUCCUAUCAUUUGAAACACGUCGUCAAGAAUGGUACACCGAACGGGCGCGGGCCCGUUUGGAAGGGGUGGCACGCUUUUCAAAUGCAGGUGCUUCGCGAGCAAUACCUCCGCCACGGGUAACACUGAUUGACAAGGGCGAACAUUCUGCCACCCCAACCACCCUCUCAGUCAGCGCAACGGAUGAUAUCACCGACGCCGAGAAUUGUUUCCAUGAAGCGCAUUUUAGGACAAAGUGGGCGGAAUUCCGCCCAGUUGUGCGGAACAGCUCCAGGGUUACACGCCCUGUGAACUUUCCCAUAAGAAACAUGCCAGGGUUGAGAGAAAAGCCCAGCAUCGCCAGCAGCAGACAGUUUGACUCUACCACAUCCUCCAGCGGUCAAUGGCAACGCGAGCAUCCGGUCAGCGAACAUAACGAGAAUGAAGACUCGGAAUGGCAGUCUGAUGACAGUACAUCAACAUCUGACCAGUCUUUAUACCCACAGAGACUCGAUGAUCAAGGACAGAGUGGACUGGGAGAGCCAUAUCUCUCGCGGACGGAAAGCAGUCAAGGGGGCAGUUUUCGAUUUAUCUAGAGCGGAAGGACACUGCAAGGCGCGCAAGAGAACGCCAUCAAUCAUCGACGUAUUGCAAGGACGGCAUGUAAUUUGGUAGUAGUCUAUGAAUGAGGAUUUUUUAGAAACCGA